UUGUAUCACUGGAGCCCAUACGCGGCAUAUAAGACAGCAUCGCGCCCAGGCGUGCCGCUGACAGGAGCUGCUCCCUUGAAAUGUAAUGUUAAACUCGACACGAAGCGCGGGGACUCACCCAAACCGUUCCCUCCCCGCCAAGCGCCGCACUACCCCUAGGUCAGGAAGACAGAGACGCGAGCAUGGCGCUAUCUAGCUAUGAUGGAGGGCAGCCAACGGACCUGGCGGCGCUCUGGGACCAGGCGUUGACCUCGUACUCGGAGCGGACUAGCGUCGACAUCCGCAAGGCUAUGCAGCCGCAAAAGUCCAUCAACUCCAUCAUGAUGGACCAGCAGCAGCUGCUGCAGGCCUUCUCCGGGUUCCGGCACAACAAGGGCAAGACCGACAAGCUGCGCACCGUCGUCGCGCGCAACGCCGACGUGAUCCAGAGCGUGGCCGCGCUCGUCGCCAACGCCGCCAGCGGCGCGUUCCCGCCCGCGGCCACGGUGCUGACGGCCUUCACCUACGUGCUCAACGCCAGCAAGCACGUCAGCGACGACUACAACGCCAUCCUGGGCUUCUUCGAUCUCAUGAACUCGUUCCUCGAGCGCCUCUCGCUGCUCGAGGGCAAGCUGCCGCGGCUGCCGGCGUUCCAGAAGUUCGUCGUGCACGUCUUCUCGUCCAUGCUGCACGUGUCGGGCAUCGCGCGCGGCUACUGCCUCAAGGGCCGCUUCAUGAAGUGGGCCAAGGCGCUCGUCGAAGGGUCGGACGAGGAGCUGCAGGGCGCGCUCGACAGCCUGAACGAGAACCUGCGGCGCCUCGAGUCCGCCAUGCUCAUGCAGACGCUGCGCACCGCGAUCGAGACGCACGACGAGGCGAGGGCCACCAAGGACGGGGUCUCGGCGCUGACGGGCCACGUCAGGGAGCUCCAGGGGUCCCUCGACAAGAACACGGCCAUGACGGAGCAGACGCUGGUGUACGGCGAGCGCGCCAUGAACGCGGCGCUCGAGACGGGCGCGGGCAUCAAGGACCUUCUUGUCAGCAGCCACGAGGGCGCCGCGAUGGGGCAGACGCUGCUGCGGCAGCAGGCCCAGAUCCGCCUGAGCCUCGAGAGGAUGCAGGGCGGCAGGAAGGUCUGGGCCCUUAGGGCCGGCGGCGUCGCCAAGACGCCGAAUCUGGAGCAGCUGCGCGCCUAUCUCCCCAACGCGGGCGAGGGCGCGAUGCGGGCGCGGCUGGACGAGCUCGAGCUGGCCAACCCGCGCAUGUUCCAGUGGGUGGAGACGGAGCCUCUGUUCGAGGAGUUUGCCGAGGAGCGGUCGCGGUCGCUGUGGCUCUCGGGCAAGUCGGGCAUGGGCAAGUCCACCGUCUGCUUCAAGAUGCUCCAGCUCCUGCGGGACCGCGUCGUGGAGGAGCAGAACGCAUAUGUGGUGGCCUACUUCUUCGAGGAGACAUCGGCCGGGGUUGUGCCCAACGACUGGGAGUCGGACAUUAAUAAGAUGAUCCACUGGGUGGGAAUCAAGGUGGCCGAGCAGGAUACGCACUACCGCGAUGAACUUCUCACGGCGCUGCGGAGAGGCGUCUGGCCGAUCGCUGAUGACUACUACUGGCAGAACGUCAUCCAGGAUCGCUUCUCCAAGAGUGCGAGCCGGAGGCUUGUGUUGAUCCUCGAUGGCGUGGAUCUUUUGAAGGAAAGCGACCGCAUGGCGCUGCUCAACCUUUUGCAGUUGGUCGAGAGCGAGGGGUUACGCGUCCAGUUCGUCCUGGCAGGCGACUCCAAGAUGGAGCCUGCACUGGAAAGACUUGGCGAGCGCAAAAUCGCGCUUACCAAGGAAAAGCUUGCGUCUGACUUUCGAAAGCUCGCCAUUUUCCGAUCCAAGGAGCUUCCAAGGCUUCGAGGGCUGCGGGUUAGUUUCAGGAAGAUCAUGGUCAGGAAAGUGGCACACAUGGCCGACAAUUUUUUGUACAUCGAACAUACCAUGCGGCGAUUCAACUCGCUGCGGCGCGAAGCCCUCAUCCUCAAGGAGCUCGAACACCUCCCAGAAAGCAUCAUGCAGCUGUACGAGACGCUCAUCAACGAGUGCAAGAGAGGCCGCACGCCCGACGAGCUGGAGGUGCUGCGAAGCCUGUUCGCCUGGCUGGCGUACGCGAACAGCGAGGUCACCAUAGCCGAGGCCUCCAAGAUCAUCGCCAUCGUGGCGCAGGAGAACUCGAUCAGCAUCGAGGAGGAGCUGGACGGGCGGUCUUCGCGCCUGCUCCGCAUCUCGAGGAGCCAGGACGACAACGACACCAAGGUGCAGGACUCGGACGUCAGCGACUCGGACAACUCGGACUCCAAGCCCGACGAUCACGGGGCGGGCGACGACCGCGGCGCCGAUAACAUCCUCGGCUUCCAGGAGCGGUCACUGCGGGCCUUCUUCCGGCAGGCGGGCGAGAACGACCAGGGCCUGAAGUGCAGCCCUUCGGAGGCUCAUGCAAUCAUCCUACGGAUCAGCAUCGCGAUCCUUAGGACUUCGUGCGAGGAGAAGCUGUACUCGGAGGAGUUGGCGAGGUACUCGGCCGCCAACUGGAGCAGCCACUUCCUCGCCAUCGACAGGGAGAGCAUCAGCGACGCCCUGGCGGCUGAAGUGCUCGAGUCGAUACACAGCCUCCUAAGCAACAAGAACAGUGCGCUCAGGCAGAUAGAGUUCAGUUUGCCACCUUCGGCAACUGUUCUUGAUGGCGAAGAACAAGUUCCGGGGGGAGAGAGCUCUACUGUCAUUCACUGCCUUCAGGCCUGGGCCAGGAGGGCACUGAAGCUUCCUCCAGGGGUACUACCGUAUGGUCUAGCCGACUGGUACCGUCCGCUGGCGGCCGAGCCGGCACGUGCUUUCAUAACGCUGGCGCGCAGCCACAUCAACAAUUGGUUCUCUGCCGAGGGCACAAUCGAUGCGUAUUCAUCCUUCCACGCCGCACAGAACGCUCUCAGGGCGGGCUCGCACCUCCCAGAGCUGAGGCAGAAUCCCGGGCUGAGCCAGUACUUCGAGAGGCACCCGGAAGAGGACGAAGCCGACGUCGAGUCGUUCGAAGUGGUCGCCAACGCCUUCUGGGACAUUGUCAAAACGUCGGCGUCGCACCGGGGCAUAGCCAGGGCCAUGAAGAUGGUGGAGCUGUGGGAGCCGGCCAUCGCCCAGCUCGACACCAGCCUUUCGCUGGUGGAGGAGGGGGCCAACAAGGAGGGGGAGCGGUACGACGUGAUGAGCAGCAAGGGGGACGCCAUCCUCGAGCUCGCGCAGAGCUUGGCCGUCUCCGACCCGGACCGCGCCAAGGAACUCAUGGGACAAGCGGUCGAGAUAUUAGCCGAGGCGCUCAGGAUCCGCGACGCGCAGAUAGCGCAAAACCCAGAUGUCAUCAAAACCAAGGAAGGCACUUUUGCCGCCGUGUGGCUAUGGAGUGUGCUGAGCAACCAUGCCCUUGCUUGUGCCGGGAUAGGCGACUUUGAUGCAAGCCUUGCUAGCAUCAAGCGCUUCGUCGACUAUAAGGAAUGGCGGAUUCCGAUGGGCUUCCUCGAGAAAAUUAUCAGGUCCAUGGUGAACGGCGACAAGGCAUCUUUGGUGAUAGUCCUGCUCAAAUCAGUCAGCCCCGGCGACAGGCUGGCCCUCUUCCAGUCGUCGAAUCUCAACAGCCCCAUGUUCAGGGCGGUGAAAAAAGAAGGGGAAUGCGAGGCCAUGCUCGAGCUGCUGGACUCGGCCAGCCAGUACGCCGCCGAGCGAAAGGCCUACCACUCGCGAGCCCAGCUCCUCGACCUCGCGGCGCAGUUCGCGUGGUCGGUCAUGGGCCGGGACGAGGAUGCCAAGGACCGGCUGCGCACGCUCCUGGCCGAGCCGCAGAUCCCGAGCACCUACAUGGGCGAGGCGGCCGAGCUCCUGUCGCAGCUGCUCUACGAGCAGUUCCGGCGCUCGCCGGCGCCCAACACCAAGAACUCGGCGCUCGAGGAGCUGCGGGGCGUCCGGGGCAGGCUCGAGGCCGACAUCGCAGACUUCAACCCGGCCCGGUCGGACACGGUGGUGCCGCUAGCGCUGAUGCUGCGCAAGCUGGGGCCGGCGCUCGACUACGCCGACACGCUCCAGGCGGCCUUUUCCCUCUGCAUCGAGGGGCUCAAGGACGACACGGGGGCCAACGACUUUCAGAGCCUGCGGCUGCUGGCCAAGGUGCUCAUGUGCGUCGACGGCCUCGAGCGCGACGCGCAGAUCGCGUAUACGGCCCAGCAGUACAUUCUUGACGAUGAUGUCUUUCGACGUGACGAGGCUGAAUCUAGGGAAUCUGACGAGGGCGCGGACCUUGCGGCUGGGCAGCAGCCUGAGGGAGCGACGGAUGGGGAGGAGUCUGAGAAGACGCUGAAUGAAGAGGAAAAGGGAAGGGAGGAGAAAGAGCCAGGGCAAGAACAAAACAUAACCACCCCAGGUCCGGAAGACGAGAAACCGCAACAAGGGGCACAGAAAAAAGACAACGAAGCCCCAGCAGCUCCGAGCGCCACAGACAAGGCCACCGAGCCCCCGCCUCCAACACUCGAAGACGAGAUCCAUGAGGGGCUACUCCCCGACACCAUGCGGGAGAUAUACAUCUGCGACAUGUGCCACCAGGGCAUCUGGGAGUGGGGGGAGGGCGCGUCCUACUACUGCGUGCAGUGCACCCAGGUCGACCUGUGCGCGGCGUGCAUGGCGAGCAAGCUGGCCCGCGAGCGCGGGGAGCCAGACCCGAGCCCGAGCCCGAGUGGCAUCGACUGGCGCGUCAUCUGCCCCGAGGGCCACCGGCACGUCAAGGGCCCCGUCGAGGGCUGGAGGGGGGUGCGGAACGGGAGGAUGCGGAUCGGGGACGAGGAGACGCCCGUCAAGCAGUGGAUUGCGGAUUUGGAGGCGAGGUGGGCGGCGUACUGGAAGCGGUACUGGUCCGAGUCGCUGGGGGAUUAGGUCCUCUCCACGGCUGUGGCCUUGUUUUAUGUUGUGGAGUCGAGGGUGUCGAAUUUGUCGAGGCGUGAGAUGAGCCUUCUUUUGCCCUUAUGUUUUUAUGCCCCUUUUUUUAAUUUAUAAAAUCAGGAGCCGCUACGCUAAUUUGACGCCUGCACGGCCCUCCGGGGGCAACCGUUAAAUUGCCCUGAUUUUAAUUUUAAAUGUUUAAGGCAAAA